ACAACCAGAUCAGCUGCAUCGAAGAUGGAGCCUUCCGAGCCCUGCGCGACCUGGAGAUCCUCACUCUCAACAACAACAACAUCACCCGCAUUCCUGUUACCAGUUUCAAUCACAUGCCAAAGAUCAGGACACUGCGGCUUCACUCCAACGUCCUGCACUGCGACUGCCACCUGGCUUGGCUCUCGGACUGGCUGCGGCAGAGGCGCACGAUCGGGCAGUUCACCUUCUGCUUGGCACCUGUCAGCCUGCGGGGUUUUCUGGUGGCCGAGGUUCAGAAGAAGGACUUUGUCUGCACUGGUUCCCAGUCUGAAACUCCGUCGUGCAGUGCCAGUUCCAUCACUUGCCCGUCUGCCUGCACCUGCAGCAACAAUGUGGUGGAUUGUCGGGGAAGGGGCUUGACAGAAAUUCCAGCAAACCUACCCGAGGACAUUUGGGAAAUACGUUUGGAACAAAACCUCAUCAAAAUCAUUCCCCCUGGAGCUUUUACUCAGUACAAGAAGCUUAAGAGAAUAGACAUCAGCAAGAAUCAAAUAUCUGACAUUGCGCCCGAUGCGUUCAAAGGCUUGAAAUCUCUCAUUUCAUUAGUGCUCUAUGGAAACAAGAUCACAGAGAUUCCCCAGGGCCUUUUUGAUGAUCUUGUGUCUCUGCAGCUGCUGCUCCUCAAUGCCAAUAAGAUCAACUGCCUGAGGGUAAACACGUUCCAAGGUCUGCAUAAUCUCAAACUGCUAUCUCUUUAUGACAACAAACUGCAGACCAUCAGCAAGGGGCUCUUUGCACCUCUCCGAUCGAUCCAGACUCUACAUUUAGCUCAGAACCCAUUUGUGUGCGACUGCCAUUUGAAGUGGCUGGCUGAUUACCUGCAGGAUAAUCCGAUAGAAACCAGCGGCGCUCGAUGCAGCAAUCCGCGUCGCCUUGCCAACAAACGCAUCAGCCAGAUCAAGAGCAAGAAGUUCCGCUGCUCAGGGUCAGAGGAUUACAGAAGUAAAUUCACUGGGAAGUGUUUCAUGGACCUUGUCUGUCCCGAGAAGUGUCGCUGCGAGGGAACGAUUGUAGACUGCUCUAACCAAAAACUCACUCGAUUACCCAGUCACCUUCCUGAAUAUACCACUGAUCUGCGUUUGAACGACAAUGAUAUUUCUGUGUUGGAAGCUGUUGGACUCUUCAAGAAAUUGCCCAACCUCAGAAAAAUAAAUCUAAGCAACAAUAAGAUCAAGGAGAUCCGAGAAGGUGCGUUUGAUGGAGCUUCAGGAGUGCAGGAGCUGAUUCUGACAGAGAAUCAGCUGGAGUCUGUGCAUGGACGAAUGUUCAGAGGCCUCACAGGACUAAAGACCUUGAUGCUGAGGAGCAACUCUAUCAGCUGUAUAAACAACGACACCUUUGCCGGACUGAGCUCGGUGAGGCUUCUUUCUCUGUAUGACAAUCACAUCAGCACUAUCACCCCUGGAGCCUUCAGUACAUUAGUCUCUUUGUCUACAAUUAAUUUGCUGGCUAACUCCUUUAAUUGUAACUGCCAUUUGGCCUGGCUGGGAAAAUGGUUGAGGAAGAAGAGAAUUGUCAGCGGAAAUCCACGCUGCUUGAAACCCUUUUUCUUAAAGGAUAUUCCAAUCCAAGAUGUAGAUGUCCAGGACUUCACCUGCGAUGGUAACGAUGAAAGCAGCUGCUUGCUCUCACCUCCAUGUCCUUCCCAGUGUACCUGUGUGGACACGGUGGUUCGCUGCAGCAACAAAGGGCUGCGGAUAUUGCCCAAAGGAAUUCCCAAAGACGUGACUGAGCUAUACCUGGAAGGAAACCACCUGACUGCUGUGCCGAAGGGACUCUCCGCCUUCAAACACCUGACACUGAUUGACUUGAGCAACAACAGCAUAAGCAUAUUGGCCAAUUACACCUUCAGCAACAUGACUCAGUUAUCAACGCUCAUCCUGAGUUACAACAGACUUCGGUGCAUCCCAGUCCACGCGUUCAAUGGGCUCAGGUCUCUUCGAGUGCUGACACUCCAUGGAAACGAUAUUUCCAGUGUUCCUGAAGGUUCUUUCAGUGACCUGGUAUCCCUGUCCCAUCUGGCUCUGGGUACCAACCCUUUGCAUUGCGACUGCAGCCUCCGCUGGCUUUCCGAGUGGGUGAAGGCAGGCUACAAAGAGCCGGGCAUCGCCCGCUGCAGCGGCCCCGAGGCCAUGGUGGACAGGCUGCUGCUCACCACCCCAACCCACCACUUCCAGUGCAAAGAACCAGUGGAUAUCAGCGUUGUGUCCAAGUGCAACCCCUGCCUCUCCAACCCAUGUAAGAACAAUGGGACGUGCAGCAACGACCCGGUGGAGUUUUAUCAGUGCACUUGCCCUUUUGGCUUCAAGGUAUGA